AUGAAGCGUGCGGCGACCCUGCGCCUGCUCUCCGACCUCGGCGACUUCAGCGGCGCCGCGCGGCUCCGGGAGCUGCUGGCGGCGGACCCGGCUCUCCGAGUCCGGUGCAGCGCGGACGGCCGCCACCUGCUGCUGUUGCGCCGCCCGGGCGCGCCUGCCCCGCAGCUGCUGGUUGCAGUGCGUGGGCCUGGCGCGGAGCUGGAGCGGGCCUGGCCGGCCGGCCACCCCCCGCCGCUGGACGCCUUCUUUCUCCCGUGGCCGGCGCGCCCGGCGCUCGUCCUGGUCUGGGAGAGUGGCCUGACCGAGGUGUGGAGCGCAGGGGUGGGGCCUGGCUGGCGGCUGCUGCAGAGCACCGAGCUGUGUCCGAGCGGUGACGCCCGCGUGGUGGCCGUGGCCGCGCCCCGAGGCCGCCUGGUAUGGUGUGAGGAGCCGCAGGCGGGAGCAGAGGACCGUCCGGGGCCGCCCACCGCCCCUUUCAGCUGUCGCGUGUGCGUCAGGACCCUGGAGCCCAGCGGGGAAGCCGUGCCCACCCUCGGCCGCACCCACACCCUGCUGCACCAUUGCCCCCCUUUUGGGCUGCUGGCCUCCCGCAGGGACCUCUUCCUGGUCCCCUCUGCCGCCCACUGGCCCGGCGUGGCCCACAUCGUGCUCAUCUGGAGCCCAGGCAAGGGCAGGGUGGUCGUGGCGGCCCCAUGCCUUGGUCUCGCGCAUAGUAAGAGCCUGAAUCCCGGGCGAGGGGAUACCUGGGACUUCAGGAUCCUGCUGCGAGGCCUUCCUGGGCUGCUGUCCCCCAGGCAGCCAUUGGCUGUCCACACUUGGACCCCAGCACCCCAGGGCCUGCUGUUCCUUGACUUCAGGGGCGCUGUGAGCCUCGUGCAGCCCCAUGGCGGUGCCCGGCUGGUGGGAACCCUGCAGGAGGCACCUGUGGACCAUCCGCAGGGCUCCGCUGCCCUGGGAACGUUCCAUGGCACCCUGGCCUGUGUGCUGGGCUCCACUUUGGAGCUCCUGGACAUGGGCAGUGGACAACUGCUGGAGAGGAAGGUCUUGAAUACAAACAGCGUGCAUCUGCUGGAGCCCCCAGCUCCUAGCCUGGAGGAUGAGGAAGAGUUAGAAGCCCGAGGGGGACUUCGUCUGCUUUCUGCCAUGGGUCUAUUUCGAGUGGGCUGGGAAGCCCCACAGGGCCUUGAGCUGCCUUCGGCUGUGGACAUGGUGUUUGAGGAGGCUUGUGGGUAUUACCAGCGGAGGAGCCUGCGGGGUGCCCAGCUCACCCCAGAGGAACUGAGACAUAACAGCACUUUCCGGGCGCCUCAGACUCUGGCUUCCAUCCUCCAGGGCCACCUGCCCCCAGCUCCACUGUUGACCACACUGAGGGCGGAGCUGCGGGAUUACCGGGGUUUGGAGCAGCUCAAAGCCCAGCUAGUGGCUGGGGAUGAGGAGGAGCCUGGCUGGACCGAGCUGGCAGAGCACGAGGUGGCACGUCUGCUGAAGACGGAGUUGAUGGGAGACCAGCUGGCCCAGCUUAACACCAUUUUCCAAGUCUUUCCCACAGCUGCCUGGAGUGCUGUUCACAGGGCCCUACAGCUCCAACCAGACAGGGAUGGUGGGCUGACGUCCCAGGCUCCCCCUGAUGUGUGGAAGAAGGUGCUAGGGGGCACGGCAGUUGGAAAGGAGCCCCCCAAUGGGGUACUGCCGCCCUUUGAACUCCUCUGCCAAUGCCUAUGCAAGCUGGACCCUCGGUGGCUGCCACCCUUUGUGCAGCUGGCACAGCAGCAGGGUGGGCCAGGCUGGGGGGCAGGGAGCCCAGGGCUGCCCCUCUAUCGCCGAGCCCUGGCAGUGCUGGGUGAGGAAGGGGCCAGACCUGAGGCACUAGAGCUGGAGCUCCUCUUGAGCAGUGGCCGGCCCAAGGCUGUGCUCCAGGCCGUGGGGCAGCUGGUGCAGAAAGAACAGUGGCAGCGGGCUCUGGAGGCCGGCCUGGCCCUCAGCCCCUCCAGCCUCCUGCUUCGAAGUGAGAUCUUCAAACUGCUGCUGGCAGAGUUUGCCCAGCACCGCAGGCUCGAUACCCACUUUCCCCUCCUUUGCCGCCUGUGUCCGCCAGACCUGACUCCAGCUGAACUCCUGCAUCUACUGCAGACACACCUGCCAGAUGAGCCAGGGCCCCCAUCCCCAUUCCCCCAGCCAGGGGCGGAACCCACUCUCACUGUGGGCUUGCUCCGAGCCCUGCUGGAGCAGACUGGGGUUCAAGGACGGCCCUCCGGCCCCGUUUUAAGCCUUUAUGAGGACAUUCUAUGGGAUUCAAGCACUCCACCUCCCACCCCACCUCGGGGACCUAUGACCACCCUUCAGGCACCAAGCCACCCAGGCUUCUGUGUGCCAGACUCAAGAUGA